AUGCAGCCUCUCAACGUGUUGAUGGUCGGUACCGGCGAGUACACCACCGGCUUCGUCGGUGGUGGCGCUUCUGGUUCGGACAAGAAGGUCGGAGUCGUGGGAUUGACGCUGUUCGAUCUCAGGCGGAGAGGCAAGGUGGGCAAGCUUGGUAUGGUUGGUGUCAACGGGACGAAAUUCCCGGCGAUUCGGGAACACCUCCAUAAAAACAUCACACUGGCCUACAACAACUUGGACACGUCGUUCCAAUCAUACCCGGCCGAUGAUGCCAAAGACCCCGAGUCGUACAAGGCAGCCAUUGACGCGCUCUCGCCCGGCGAUGCCAUCACUAUCUUCACGCCCGACACUACACAUUAUCCCAUCGCCCUCUAUGCCAUCGAGCGGGGGAUCCAUGUGAUGAUCACCAAGCCAGCCGUGAAACUCCUCGAACACCACGUUGCUCUGCUCGAAGCGGCCGAGAAGCGUGGUGUCUACGUCUAUAUCGAGCACCACAAGCGUUUUGACCCCGCCUACUGGGAUGCGAAGGCUCGGGCCAAGAACCUGGGAGACUUCAACUACUUCUACUCGUACAUGUCUCAGCCCAAGUCCCAGCUCGAGACUUUCAAGGCGUGGGCCGGCGUCGACUCGGACAUCUCGUACUACCUUAACAGCCACCAUGUUGACAUUUGCGACUCGAUGGUGUCACAGUUGGGCUACGUCCCCGUCAAGGUGUCGGCGUCGGCGUCCAAGGGCGUCGCGACCGGCCUCGGAUGCAACGAAGCGACCGAGGAUACCAUUUCGCUGCUGGUGCACUGGGAGAAGAAGGACGACCCGUCCAAGCGGGCGACCGGCGUGUACACUGCCUCAUGGACCGCCCCGCAGCGGGCUGGCGUGCACUCCAACCAGUAUUUCCACUACCUCGCCAGAGACGGUGAGAUCAAUAUCAACCAGGCCAAGCGCGGCUAUGAGGUGGCUGAGGAUGCUGCGGGCCAGCUGAUGUGGUACAACCCCUUCUACAUGCGGUACGCUCCGGACGAGGAUGGCAACUUCAACGGCCAGAGCGGCUACGGCUACGUCUCGUUCGAGAAGUUCGUCGACGGGUGCCGGGCUGUCAACGCCGGGGAGCUGAAGCCGGCGGACCUGGACGCCAAGGGUCUCCCGACGCUCAGGAACACUAUUGCAACAACCGCCAUCCUCCACGCUGGGAGGAGGAGCAUUGAUGAGGGCAGGGAAAUCCGGAUUGAGUCCAAGGACGGUGUCUGGAAGCUGGUCUAA